UGACGAUACAUUCACAUGCUUGGGACUUGCAAUAGGUCAUCCAAAAUAACAAUAUUAUGGAUUAUUCCAGUAAUGCCACUACAAAGUUUGACCCCUCAAAGAGAGAAGAUUACAUGAACGAAGUAAAACAACAGAUAGCACUUGCUAACGCUCAGGAAUUACUACAGAAAAUGUCAGAGAAAUGUUUUAAAAAGUGUGUCACCAAACCAGGAACAUCACUAAGCAGUUCAGAAAAUAAAUGUAUAGCUAUGUGUAUGGACAGAUAUAUUGACACUCAGAACUUAGUGGCCAAGGCAUUUUCAAACAGAUUACAACAAGAAAUGUCCAGAAUGCAAUGACCACAGUGAGGCUAAAAGUGAUGAUUUUAGUGAUGAAAACUCAGUGUAGAAGAUGCUAUAUACUGUAAAGUGUUUCUGGUUGGUGUUAAUGUAAAUGUUGACUUGAUGGAGCCUGCUCAUCAAGACAAAAUCAUAAAACAUGCUUAUAACAUUUUCAUUUUAUCAACAUAUUUAGUAAAUUAUAUUACAGUG